CUGCGCCCAUCCGAAAGGCACGACCCCUCCAACCGCUCCACACAUCUUGUGCAAACCGGCACAGCCAUCUGGUCACCAUGAUCGAAGACGACGUCUACCGCACAUCCUCCCAGUUCCGACUGUGGUCCUUCACCGAAGCAUCCCUCAAAUCCCAACGAGCAACCACCAACUCCGUCGCCAGUGACCGGGUACGCGCCGCUCUGCGCAGAGCGCAAGAGGCCCGACGGUCCGCCAACUCCUCCGCGGCCGGGACGCCAGCCCCCGGAGGAGGCGAUGCAGACACCAGAGCAGCGGACGAGAAGCCGAUCGACUGCCUCACGCCCGAGGAAGAGCAGCAAGUGGUGAACUACUACUGCGAGCAGAUCAUCCAACUCGGAGAAGCCUACAAGCCCGCCCUCUCAACACAAGUCCGAUCCACGGCAAUCCAAUACCUCCGGCGUUUCUACCUCACCAACUCGCCCAUGACCUACCACCCGAAACAAAUAAUGCCAUGCGUGGUCUUCCUCGCCACCAAAACCGACAACUACUACCUCUCCCUGGCCAGCUUCGCGGACGGCGUCCCCGGCAGCACACCCGAAGAGAUCAUCGCCCCAGAAUUCAUCGUGAUGCAAAGCCUCCGCUUCACCUUCGACGUCCGCCACCCCUUCCGCGGCCUGGAAGGCGGAAUCAUGGAACUCCGCGCCAUAGCAUCAGGCCAAGGCCGACCAGCACCACACUUCCCAGCACAGACACCCACCGACCUCCAACGAGCCCUACAAUCCAUCGCGCCCUCCCCCUCGCCAAUCCCAACCCCUACCCUCGACGACCGCAUCUCCCGCGCCCAUCACGAUACCCGCGAGAUUCUCAAAUCCGCCGCCCAGCUCACGGACGCGUAUUUCCUGUACACGCCGUCGCAGAUCUGGCUCGCAGCGCUCCGCGUCGCCGACCGCCCCCUCGCCGAAUUCUACCUCGAUACGAAACUCGGCGGACCUAUCAAUCAGCAUCAGAAUCGGACUCAAAAAGAAAACCCCCUCUACGCCCUCCGCACAAAACUCCUCGUCACGCUCUCCAACUGCGCCGCCAUGCUGCAGGCCUACCAGCCCCUCUCCUCAGACCAAGAUCAGAUGAAUACUCUCCGCCGCAUCAUCGGUAAGAAGCUCUACCGGUGCCAGAAUCCCGAACGGGCUAAUCUUGCCGGCCAGAAGCGGAUUCCUGCUGCCGCUGCGGCGGCGAGUACGAGUGCGGCCGGUGGGGGCGAGUCUGGGACGACGUCGGAGAGCGAGAUGGAGCGGUUAGCGAAGAAGAGGAAGUUGGAGCAGGAGCAGAAGGGGAGGGAUCUUUUUGGGGCGAGUUGGUGAGGGAGCGGGUUAAGGAAAAGGAGAGGCAGAUGGAGGCGUAAGGUAGUAGUAGUAGUAGUAGCCUAGUUACUAGUGUCAGUGGUGGUGUGGUGGGUUGGUGGUUGGGAGUGUGCAUUUGACAGCGAGCGGGAAAGCAUUUGGAAUUUCUGGAUACGGUUCGGUGAUCAUGCAACAGGAAUGGCAUGUAUCGAUGGUCACGGUUGCAAUAUAUAAAGAUUGGGUAGAACGACG